GAGCCUCUGGAAGAAGACUCGCUGCUCACGGUGCCGUGUGAGAUAUUCCACAUCGGCUUCGAGGGCCUGGGGCACAUCAGCCAGCUGCUUAGGUUCGUGAUCUGCUCGGAGCAGCCUCUCAACUCUGUCUCGCAGAUGGAUGUGCUCGACCCACGACUGCCCGUGCGGAUUUCCAAGCCCCCGAAGGGCAUGGACAGCAGCACCAACCCGAUCAUGUCUGUGAUGAGCUCGCUGGCGGCAGGUACUGGGCUGCCCAACGCAUUCAUCGGCGGGAAGGACACGUCCGACAGAGGUAGAAGGAGAGAGCGGCACAAUCCGCGGGAUCCGUGGGGUGACAUGCCCUUCUACUGCCAGCUGACGAAGAUUUGCACCUACACGGCCCAGGACAUGCGCGAGCACAUGCGCGGCGACCUGUACCGCCGGCUCGCGAACAACACCCCGGGCUGGCACGACUCCGUGGACAAGAAGGAUCUCAUCCACGACCUCGACGAGUCCGACAGGGAAGCUAGAAGGCGAGUGCGGAGCCGGACCAGGUCUCCACCUCUGCGCGGCAGAUCUCCGUAUGGCAGGGGCCGCGACAGAUACCGGUAG